AUGUCUCAGCUUGCGAAAAACAGGUGUACAUGUUUCUCGCUCGCUGCGAUGGAAAAACAACUUUCUGUCUUGAACUCAGAUUGCACCUGUCAUGUUGCUGGAACAACAUGCUUACGUCCCGGACACUUUCUCCCCCCCGAGGUGGAACGCUGGUACAGUGUGGUAGUUGGUCGCCGCCCUGGCCCAGUUCAAGGACGGGCUGCCGCACUUGAUAAUUACACCGGAAUCUCUGGUGGUCAUGCACUGUUUUGCCCAUCGGAAUUGAUUGCUAAAGCCCAUUUCUAUUCGGCGUUGGAGCGUGGGGAGGUGGUAGAGGUUGUUCCCCCGGUUCGUACCGUGCUAAAUCGUGAAGAUGUAUCCACCUGUACUGGAUUUCGUCCUGAAGAUCCAUCAACUCCUGAGGUUGGAACAUGGACCCUAGUCAUUGUUGGUCGGGAGCCAGGCAUCUUUUCUUUGACGUAUCGCCCCCAAGGCAGCAUUGUGCAUCUCAACAUCCAAGGGAUUCGUGGUUCCCAAACCAAAGCCCUCCCAACUAGGACCGACGCCGUUAACAAGUUUCUACAGCUUGUGGAUGCUGGUGAGGUGGUUAGGGUCUCCGGUGACAGCAAUUUGCGCAUUGCGCAUACACCUGAGACGUAUCUCAAGCUUUGUAGAUACUGCCAGAACAUGUAA